AACUAUUUUAUUAGUAAAACAGUGCAGCAGACAAUCUCCACCGCCUUUACUUUGCAAUUAGAUAACGAUUCACUGUUUGCUGAGCCCCCAGAAGAACCUGUGUUAGUAAUUUAAACAUUUGAAUCCAAUUAACCGCCAUCUUGUUCUGUACAAGACAUCAUGCAAUCAUGAGAGAAGUAUAUAUACCUUUAAAAAAAAAAGUUUCCCUUUUUUUUAGAGACACCAAUUUGCAGGCACAUGGAAUUAUUGCAAAUUUGGCACUGGAACUUGACCACAAGAAGGUCAGCAGGUUCAAUAUAUCAAGGUCAGCUGUAUGGGAUGGAGCUGUUAGAGGAUUUCGACGCAGCACAUACUCUGACAACUACAACAUGUUCAUCAAGUUUAAUGAUGAUGCUGGCAGCUUUGAAGAAGGUUUGUAUACAGGUGGCCCGAGGCGUGAAUUCCUCACACUUCUUAUGGGCAGUCUGCGAAAUCGCCCCAUCUUUGAUGGACCUCCAGAGAGCCGUUAUCUUGUAUAUAAUUCAAGAGCUGCCAGGCAAGAUGAGUACUUUUUAGCAGGAAAGAUGAUCGCUGUAUCCAUUGUGCAUGGGGGACCAGCACCACAUUUCCUCUCCAAGAACCUGGUCAACCACAUCACAGGGAAUCAGAGUUUCAGCGCCACUGUAGAAGAUGUGCAAGAUGAGGAGAUCACAAAAAUUCUACAUCAGGUCCUGAAAGCUGAAUCAGAGGAGUCUUUGCAUAAUCUUAUUUUGCAAAACAGCACAAUCUUCCAAACUGCUGGAUGCCUCAGAAACGUCAAGCCUUUUGAGAAACAAGCAUUUGUGGAGGAGUACCUCAGAUGGUACAUCCUUGAAAGAAACCAAAGUGUCAUUCAACGAUUUAAAGAUGGACUGGAAAGUCUGAAUUUUUUAAGUGCACUGCAACAAAAUUCCAGUGUGCUGGCCCCACUCCUAUGCUUCUCUGCCAAGGCCCUGACUGCUUCAGAACUGGAGAGCAUGUUCAGACCAGAUCUCAGCCCAGCAGGAAGCAACAAGCGGCAUAAGGAGGUCCUAACACUUGGCUUUUGGGCAGAUUAUCUCCUUGAUUGUGAAGGUUUGAAUGACCAUUUUUAUUUGUUUAUAGUUUUAUGAAAGGAGAGGUGAGGAAAUAAAUUUUCUGUAAUGUACUACAGUGUUUGCUGUUGCCUUCUCUGAAAGAAGAAAGUAGUGUGUCUGGAAGAUUUGAUGAUGUUUGCCACAGGGCUGACGGCAGUUCCACCGGCAGGAAUGACACCACCACCAUGCAUCCAGUUUUUAAGUGUUUCGCCUUUUCCAGUUGCAAACACCUGUGCAAAUACUCUGAAGCUACCCAUCUGUGACUCAUACAGCAUCUUUAAGGCCAACAUGGACUUUGGAAUUCAAAAUGCUCCAGGAUUUGGAUGUUCUUAAAUCAGCAAGGUCAUCAAGUUACAGUUACUGAGUUACCCUGUUAGGUUCAGCUGCCGUUGGCAUACUACUUAACACAUUCAUGUGACAAGCAACUUCCAUAUUGUUAAACAUUUAGUUGUUUUUUCUGAAUAUUGUGUAUGUUGGAAAAGUGACAGAAAUGCUGGACACUAUUUGUAAAUGGUUUUAUUAAAGAAAAUUUUAAAUGUU